AGUGUAAUACUUGAUACUGUGCAUGCAAUAAUACAUCGAACUACUGCAUUUUCCAGAGUGUACAAAUCACCAAAAGAUCUUUGGACACCACAAGAAAGCCGAAACUGGGAUGCGCUCUCUCCAAAAUCGUUGGGAUUCUACGGCCAUCUUUUGGGUGAAACCGAAUCCCCCAGCAGAGCAAAUUGCAACAUUUCACAUGUCACAACGAGGGCAAUUUCCCAAACCAUAAUAAAAUGGACCAUGUCGAAUCCUGCGGGUUCCGUUGAUUUCCCCCCCUCCGGAGUAAAAUAACCCUGUGUCAGCCACGCGCGUUUCAAAUCCCUUUAGUUACACUGUUUCGAAAUUAAAUAUUUACAUUUUGGAUGCGGAUGCGGCGGGCAUGGGGCCCAAAUCUCGACUCACAUGUGGGUGUUUUCGAUGGACACAUGGACACUUGUCGGAGGCAGGAGCGGAGUUUCCAGAAGGAUUUCGGAGCUUAAUAGCUUGGCAAAGUCUAUGCAAAAUAUUCAAACAGCGGUGCUCUGAUUUUUCCACCUUGCUGGCCAACUAUGCAGCUCAUCCGCUUCGCUGCACGCCGCCAGAAGGAAGUGCUGCCUUCGCAGGACUCGAAUCGCUGGCAAAGCAGUUGGAAAAACAAAACAACAGGACAGGCAACAAAAACAAAAGCAAAAACAAACACAAGGACAGGCCUUUGUUGGCGGAAAGCGAAAGAGCGGUGAAACUGAACCGAAAUCAAGCUGUUGAUAGCAAUCACACACUCGAGGAUGGCCAAUGUGGUGCGAUGCAGGCAUCUCUUUGGCUUCCGGAUCCUGUUGCCCGAAUCAGUGAAUCUUCAACUGUCAUUCAUCAUUCUCCUCGCCGAGUGCUGGCCAUUUCUUUAGUUCGACUCUCCAACUCUUCAUUUGCAUCUCGUGGAGGAAAGUGAGAAUUUGGACAUCUUUGGCAACCUGGAUCGCAGUUUCCGUGGAUUUUGAGGCUUGGCUGGACGAUCCGGUUACCGCUCCUGCUCCUACAUC